AUGUCUACCACCUUCAUAUCCUAUUUCGACCGCUACCCUGAAUUCGAUCAUCACCCUCGCCGUAGCAUCCGCGACGAGUUCAAUCGCCUGGCCAAGAGCCUGAAGUGGGACAGAGCAGAAAGUGCACGCCAGAGAGCAAAUUGCUACAACGACGAACUUGAAGGUCACUUCGCGUUGCUUGGUAUCACCGAGAAGCUGGAACGUCUCCAGUACCUCUGUGAUGAGCUCGGUGUUGAGCCUCGCCGCACUGUCGCUAAGUGCAAGCGGAUCCUAAAGAAGACUCACGUCAACCUCGUCGACCUAAUGGACUCACGUCGCAACAACACCAAGGUUGAAAAGUUCAAGACCCUCGAGGAGCUGAAGAAGUACACCAAGAACACUGGCAAGAUCUAUCCCUUAGAGUUUGCGAAGGGUGAUGUCGUCGAGACCCUCCUCAGACGCAUC